AGCUUGAAAAUUGAACGGUCAUGGGUACUAUCAGGAAUGCCACGCGGGGCAUAUUCUCGUUGGUCCUUCACCACUUCAAGUAACAGACGCAAUUAGAUAUUGAAAAGAAAUCCACGUACCAACCACGCGUCCUUCUCUCUGAUACUCUCCCACUCUUAGGUGCUAGACAAUGGCGUCGGCGCACAAACCCAUCACCAUAUCCAUCUUUCUCCUGCUCUUCUUCUUUACCAUUUCUCUCUGCAAAUCCAGAGAGGAAGACCCAACACCAGCCCCAUGGCCCCACCAAUUCCACUCCAUACUCGUCAUGAACUACAGCGGAUCCCUACAGAUAAUCGAUCUCUGGUACGACUGGCCCAAGGGCCGAAACUUCAACAUCAUCCAGGACCAGCUAGGUAAGCUCCUUUAUGACCUCGAGUGGAACAACGGGACUUCCUUCUUCUACACAUUGGAUUCCAACAAAGAGUGCAGGACCUCGCAGAUUGAGGUGGGCAUUCUUCGCCCAAAUUGGCUCGAUGGUGCCAAGUACCUGGGUCAGCACCGCAUCGACGGCUUCCUCUGCAACGUUUGGGAGAAGGUCGACUUCAUUUGGUACUACGAGGAUGUUAUCACUAAGAGACCUGUUCAUUGGGAGUUUUACACUGGGAGGAAUGCACAUGUCAUGACGUUUGAAGUGGGAGCGGUGCUCGAGGAUGCUCGGUGGCAAGCCCCUGUAUACUGUUUUGAGAAGAAGCGUGAUGAUGGAGGAUCCGACCCAACUGCACAGUCUGUCACCAACCAGCGCUUCUCGAGAGCGUUUACUGGAUGGAGUACUUAGAGGCUCUGAUCUCUGUCAUCUCUGAAAAUUCUGAUAUGCAUGUUAUCUAUUGCUUUACAAAAUUUCUCAUGAAUAAAUUUAGAUGUUUCCUUUCCCAGAAAAUGGCAUCCACUCUCACAACAGCGGCAAACGCUUGUUGGUAAUUUGUUGCUGAUAGUUCAGAAAAAUUCAUCUUAUGAUGCUAAAUAAAUAGCAAGAUCUUCCACAA